UUAUUUUUUAAAUGUACAGUUUUUUCAUACCUGUGAGGUUAUUAAGAUAAAAUUAUGGUACAUACGCGUCUACCAAACGUGAAAGGGUGCAAAUAUGGAAUCUCUCAAAAAAAGACUGGUCGAGUGCGGUCAGGAUCAUCUGUUAAAAUUCUGGGAUCAGUUGUCUGACAAGGAAAGAGAACAGCUUUGUCAAGAUAUAUCUGAAUUACAUGUUAUAGAAGUGACAUCAUAUUUUGAGAGAACAAUGUAUACUUUUUCCAAUAUGCAUCAAAAUAUAUUAGAUGAUAGAGUGUCUCCUAUUCCUAAAGAUAAUAUUGCAUCUGUCAAGACAGCGGAUAAGGAUCAAUUGAAGAUAUAUAAAAAAUUAGGCUUGGAAGAAAUAGCAAAUGGCAGAGUAGCUGUGUUAUUAAUGGCUGGUGGUCAAGGAACCAGAUUGGGUGUCUCUUAUCCUAAGGGUAUGUACAAUGUUGGAUUGCCCUCUGGCAAAAGUCUGUUUCAAUUGCAAGCAGAGAGAAUACUUCGUUUACAAGAUAUAGCAAAGGAAGAAUGUGGUAAAGCAGGAGAGAUUACUUGGUAUAUUUUAACCAGUGAAGCCACGCACGAUACAACUGUUGAUUUCUUGCAAAAAUAUAACUAUUUUAAUCUAAAGGAAAAGAAUGUUAAAGCUUUCAAGCAAGGCAUGCUUCCAUGUUUUACUUUAGAUGGAAAAAUCAUUUUGGAUGAGAAAUACAGGCUUUCUAAAGCACCUGAUGGAAAUGGAGGAUUAUACCGAGCUUUGAUGACACAAAAAAUAUUGGAUGACAUGAUACAACGUGGAACUCGUAGUGUCCAUGUUCAUUCAGUUGAUAAUAUUUUGAUAAGAGUAGCAGAUCCCAUUUUUCUAGGAUAUUGCUUAUCUUCCUCUACUGAUUGUGGAGUUAAAGUUGUAGAAAAAUCUUCGCCAAAUGAAGCAGUAGGAGUUGUGUGUAAAGUUGAUGGUAUUUAUCAGGUUGUUGAGUACAGUGAAAUUUCAAAGGAGGCAACUGAAUUGCGUUCUGAUGAUGGAAAAUUAAUUUACAAUGCUGCAAAUAUAUGUAAUCACUACUUCACUGUAGAUUUUCUACGUGCCGUUGCUAACGUUCACGAGAAAAAAAUGGAGCUUCAUGUUGCUAAAAAGAAGAUUCCAUAUAUUGACGAGGAUGGGAAUAGAAAUGUACCCACGUCUCCAAACGGUAUUAAAAUUGAAAAAUUCGUAUUCGAUGUGUUUAAAUUUGCCAACCAGCUAACAGUUUGGGAAGGAAUUCGCGAGGAAGAUUUCAGUCCCGUUAAGAAUGCUGACUUCGCUGGUGAAGACUGCCCAAGCACAGCGCGAAAUGAUGUACUUAAACUCCAUAAGAAAUGGUUGUUAAACGCUGGAGCGACGUCUGUGACAAACGAUGUAGAAGUAUCUCCCUUACUAUCAUAUGCGGGAGAAAAUUUGAGUCACGUAAAAGGGCAAUCGUUCGAAGGUCCUUACGUGUUAGAAUAG